CAGAGGGAAAUACUGUACCUUGAAUACGAUUUAUUGACUUUACUGCUGUGUCUAUUACAAGGCUCUACAACUACAUACUCUAUGCAAAUCAAUUAUCGUUCCACUUGUCUCAUAAGUUUGUAAUAGACUAUAUUCAAAGUAUACCAGCAUGUCUCGUCCCGAAGACUCUCUCCCCCCCGACCUUUUCUACAAUGACCUCGAAUCGCGCAAGUACACCACAUCCUCUCGUAUCCGAAACAUUCAAGCGUCCAUGACGAACCGGGCAUUGGAAUUGCUGGACCUCAAACACCCAUCCUUUAUUCUCGACGUAGGAUGUGGGUCUGGACUUUCUGGAGAAAUCCUAUCAGGCGUGCCUCCUGAAGAGGGAGGACCGCACGAGUGGGUGGGAAUGGACAUCUCAGCGUCGAUGCUGGACGUGGCGCUGCAGCGGGAUGUGGAGGGAGACCUUUUUCUUGCCGAUAUUGGGCAAGGCGUGCCAUUCCGACCGGGAAGCUUUGAUGCAGCAAUCAGCAUCAGUGCCAUUCAAUGGCUGUGUAAUGCAGAGAGCAGCGAUGUCAGUCCCGAAGGUCGACUGACGAGAUUCUUUGGGGGCUUGUACGCCAGCUUGCGCAGAGGUGGUCGUGCGGUGUGCCAAUUCUAUCCGAAGAAUGACGCGCAGCGGAUGAUGAUCAGUGCUGCCGCCGUCCGCGCUGGUUUCGGUGCGGGUAUCUUGGAAGACGACCCGGGAACGAAGAGCGCCAAGUUGUACUUGGUCCUGACUGUUGGUGGCGGCGAGCUGGAGUCGCAAGGAGGUGACAUUACCGGUGUCGUCAAAGGAUUGAAUGGCGUCGAUAUUGUUGACGCGCGGAGGAAGGCCGAGAACGCACGGCGGAAAGAGGAACGAAAAGGAAGCAAGGCCUGGAUUAUGAAAAAGAAGGACCAGUUGGAGAAGAAAGGAAAGAUUGUCAAGCCGUCGUCCAAAUAUACUGGUCGGCGGAGAGGGCCAAAGUUUUAAAAACGGAGCCAUUUGAUUCACUCGGCAUGCUUGUGUGUGUGUUUUGCUUUCAAGCUUACAGAUGGCGUUGGGGGAUUGCAAAUGAUUCGAUGAAUAGGCGUAAGGUAACAUAUACAUUGUUGAUAUGAAUGUGCAGGGCUAGAAUACAAUUUGCGGCAACUUUACACUGUGACAAAUCUUAAAACUGCACAUGGUAUUCUGCUCCAUCGUCUCUCC